AGAUCCAUUUUAUGCAAUAAAACCAAGUGAAACAUUUCUUUCAUAAUGCAUAUGUAGAGUGUUAACACAAGUGUGCACGCAGCAGUACGUGAACUCUCAGUCCUGCUCUUAUUCAGUCAGUUCUGCUCAUCGCCGCACGAGGCUGCGCGCUGCUGUCAGACGCGCGCGCUGGAGACAGAAGAGACUCUCAUCACAUCACGCACGGAGGGGAGAGCAGAGCAGGCAUCGCAACGCAUCGCAUCGCACCGCGUCUGUCCCCAGUGCUCACAUCGCGCCGCAUUGAGGAUCGUACCUUUAUAGAGAAACAUCAUCAAUUACGCGCAACACGGUGCGUAAAAUCCACAGCAGAGGCUUCAGUGAGACUGCGAUUCAGGUGAUCAGAUGCUGAGGUCGAUAUGAACCCACCCAUGUCAAACUCUCAACCCUACAGGUCAAGAAGUAACUUCUAAGCUACGUUGAGGCGUAAGAGUCUGUGGCACAAGGAUCUAGAUUGGGAUAAUGAUGCCCCUUUGUUUGAGUAAAAUCUUGCAUUCAUGAAAUUUGAGGAUUGCUUUUUUGUCUUUGGGAUGUGAAGCAUACAUAUUGUUUGGAUUACACCUUGUUUUUUAAUGCCAUUUCUACAUUUCACAAUGGGAUUGCCAAGACUGUACCAUAAAACGUUGUUUUUUUGUACCUUCGUCCAGUAGCUGUUUAACUUAAAACUCAACUUGAUAGGACUUCAAUGGCUUUGUGAUUGGUACCUGCAUUGAGAAACCCAACAGAUAUCAAAACGGAGGAGCUAUUUCUGUGUAGCACCGAAACGGCCUCAUUUUCCCAAGAAAGAUUCCUCUUAAAUGCCCUCUUGAGGAGCGGUGGCCUCUACCAUGACCAAAAACCUAUUGGAUUUAUAGUUUCAUUGAGCAGCGGCAAACUCUCGUUUACCUUGCUCAACCCCAGAGUCAAGGAGCUUUUCUCAAGCAAUCAGGCGGUUCAGAACUUCAUCUUGAACGUGUUUCUUGACUUCUGCCCCAUGUAGAGACGAGAGAGUUUUUAAACAUGGCUCCCCACUGGAGAGCAGGAGCUCAGGUUUUGGCAGUGACUCUGGGAAUUCUGCAGUGCUGCGGAUGGCUGUCCGCUCAGACCAUAAGGACUAGUGUCGGGAUGAUGGGAAGAGGUCCCGAGCAAUGGCCGAUGUCCCAUGAACGGGUGAAGAGGGGAUGGGUUUGGAAUCAGUUCUUCGUCGUGGAGGAAUACACCGGGACUGAGCCGCUUUACGUCGGAAAGAUCCAUUCCGACUCUGACGAAGGCGACGGCUCUAUAAAGUACACCAUCUCUGGAGAGGGAGCAGGGACUGUCUUCAUCAUAGACGAGGUCACGGGUGACAUCCACGCCACCGAGCGUCUGGACCGAGAGGAGAAGACCUUCUACACCUUACGAGCUCAGGCACGAGACCGUCUGACCGACGCACCGCUGGAACCCGAGUCUGAGUUCGUCAUCAAAGUCCAGGACAUCAACGACAGCGAGCCCAAGUUUCUAGAAGGUCCUUACAUCGGGAGUGUGGCCGAGCUCUCUCCUGUCGGUACAUCGGUGAUGAAGGUUAUGGCCUCGGACGCUGAUGAUCCGACCUACGGAAGCAGCGCUCGGAUCGUUUACAGCGUCCUGGAAGGAGAACGCUUCUUUACUGUUGACCAACAAACAGGAGUGAUCCGGACGGCCGUGGCGGAUCUGGAUCGGGAGACACAGGACCGCUACGAGCUGGUGGUCAAAGCCACAGAUAUGGCAGGACAAAUGGGCGGUCUCUCCGGAUCCACUACAGUGACCAUCGUGAUCACGGAUGUUAAUGACAACCCUCCGCGCUUCCCUCAGAAGAUGUAUCAGUUUUCGGUCUCGGAGGGUGCGGCCGUCGGGACGCCGAUCGGCCGGGUGAUCGCGACAGAUGCAGACAUGGGUGAGAAUACGGAUAUGAGUUACCUGAUCAAAGACGAGGAGGGUGGAGAGCUGUUCAGAGUCUCCACUGAUGGAGACACACAGGAGGCCAUCAUCACCAUCAAAAAGCCUCUUGACUUUGAGAACAAACGCACACAUAAUGUGGUCGUCGAGGCUGUGAACAAACAUGCGGACCCUCGUUUCGUGGAUCUGGGCUCUUUCCGGGACCAGACCAUCGUGCGGGUCAGUGUGUCGGACGUGGACGAGCCUCCCAUCUUCAUCCCUCCCAGAGGCAUCAUCAUGGAGGUUCAGGAAGACGCUCGCCUGGGAACGCUGGUCGGGAUUGUGACCGCCAGAGACCCGGAUGUGGAGAACGUCCCUGUCAGGUACAGUAUAGCCCAUAAAGAAUACAGAUGUAUCUAAAAACACACACA